ACAAUUUUACCAAAGGCAUGCAAGUACUCUAGUAUGGGAUUUGGAGACCUCUUAGAAGUUGUCGGGAGCUUUGGACGUUUUCAGUUUACCCUUAUCUCUGUACUGUCAAUUCCUUCACUAUUUCUAGCAUGCCAAAACAUAUUGCAAAACUUUUCUGCUGCUACACCAAAUCACCACUGCAAGAUUCAGCUCCAUGAAAAUGAUAGCCUCCACCUUGGAAAUCUGAGCACACAGGACUUACUGAGAGUGUCUCUUCCACUGGAUAUGAAGAAUAAACCAGAAAGUUGUUUUAAGUACACCGAGACAGCAUGGCACCUCCUUGGUCAAAAUGACCCAUAUGUAAAUGGUACAGAGAUAGAAAAGGAACCCUGCACGGAUGGGUGGAUAUAUGACACAAGUAUAGGUCAAUCAACCAUAGUUACAGAGUGGGAUCUAGUGUGUGAGAGGCGAUCCCUAAAACAGAUUGGCCAAAGUGUAUAUAUGGGUGGGCUGUUGCUAGGAUCCAUUGUGUUUGGAGGACUAUCUGACAGGUUUGGACGGAAGGCAGUUAUGCUGGGGUGCUGCUUGCAGAUGGCUGUUACAGGAACGUGUGCAGCUUUGUCUCCCAAUUUCACUGCUUACUGCAUCCUUCGCUUCCUAUUAGGAAUGGCUGGUUCUGGUAUUACACUCAAUGCAGCAUCUCUUGUUGUUGAAUGGGUUCCUGACAAAUGCCGUGCUGUUACUGGUUCUUUGGGUGGCUACUUCUUUACAUUUGGACAGUUGGUCUUAGCAGGUCUAGCAUAUGCCAUUCAGAAUUGGCGUUGGCUACAGUUUGCUACGACUGCUCCUUAUUUCAUCCUUUUUGUUGUCCUAUGGUGGAGUCCGGAAUCUGCUCGUUGGCUGGUUUUAAAUAAUAAAUCUGAAGUCGCUGUGAAGCAGUUAAAGCAAGUCGCGAAAAUCAAUGGAAGAAAGGAAGAAGGCGAGAAGGUGACUGCAGAGCUUGUGAACUCCAGCAUGCAAAGGGAACUCCAGGCAGCAAAGAGCAGAUUCACCAUAGCUGACCUAGUAAAAACAACAAGUGUUCGCAAGAUAUCCUUCUGUGUUUCUCUUUUAUGGUUUUCAACUAGCUUUGCUUAUUAUGCACUGGCUAUGGACCUUCAAAGUUUUGGCUUUAAUAUUUAUUUGAUCCAAGUAGUUUUUGGUGCCAUUGAUAUUCCAUUCAAGAUAAUUUCUACUGCAACCAUGAACUUCAUUGGACGGCGUUUCACCCAGUCUGCCUGUCUCAUCCUACCUGGGUUGGCAAUCAUUUCAAGCCUGUUUGUACCUGAAGAUCAAAGAACAGUUCGUACUGUGCUGGCUACUCUUUCAAAGGGAAUGCUUGCUGCAGCCUUUACAGGUUGCUUUUUGUAUACUGGAGAACUAUAUCCAACUGUUAUCAGGUCAAAAAGAAAGAAAAGUGCAAAACCAAAUAAGGAAGAAGUUGCACUUGAAGAAGUUAAGGAGCCGCUGUUUACAAAUUCUGUGUAA